AUUCAGUUCAAACGAAUUAACUGUGAGAAAUGUUUAAACUUAUGCUAUUGAUGGCCAUGGGCUUGGGCGCUUUGUAUAUGAUGCAUUUGCUUGCGCAGGACUACAAUAAAAUUCGCCAGCCUGUCGCUGCCGCUGCUCGCGCAUUGGUAAGCACCAGCAAUCUGAUCGCACGUGUGAAACGAGAAGUUUUUGAAGAAAAUUCCCAAUACCAGAAAUGGUGGGACCCCAAGGAUGACAUGACCGCAGAAAAUGUGAGAAACAAAACUACGCUGAAUAUAGACUGGAAACGAAUUUUAUCGCGAGAUCCCUUUGAAUGUCUGCUAUCACUUAUCUGCCAGCUCGCUGCAGGUGCUGAAAAUAAUUCACACGAAGCCAAAUUUAUAAUAGAAUUUCUGGAAAAUACCAUAGCAUCAGCGCCGGGUGAAAUACGUUUGGCAUUUAGUAGAGGACUAACACUGCAUGGUGGAACCGAUCACUGUUACAACAUCUACCCUUUUUGCGUUUAUUCUGCGAAAACUAUGCUAAGAGUGUUGAGAUGGUUCACCGAGUCACCUUUAGAAGAAGAGUCCUAAAUAUCACAUCAACGUGAUAGUCAAACCGUGAGAUGGAGG